AGCUACGCUGCUACGCCCUUCCUAGGAGUCGAAGAAAGGAGAGCAGCAAUGGUGUUUAAUACAGCAACAGUCGGUUCUGCCGUGACUCCCGCUGUCAUCCAGACCUUCUUUAACCAUUAUCUCAAUCGCAAAACACGCGCGCAGAAACCCACGGCGCAGAUUUCCUACGACGAGGGCCUCAACCUGAUCAAGAAAUUCUUGCUCUACGCGUCCCACCACACCGUCGAAGAUGUCCAGCGCUUCACGUCCCAAUGGGUGCCUCAUCCUACGUGGGUCAGGGUAGACGAGGUCAAGAUCGAGCAGGAGUACAUCACAAAGGCAGCGGAAGCUAUACAACAACAAUUGGGGCACCAUGGUAUUGAGAAAGUUGGCGGGAAGACUUGGUGGCAGUGGCGCAGACCGGGGGGCGAUUUGAAGGCUGAGUGGAUUGAGAUGAAAGCCGAUUAUCAGGAAAGGAAGCGCAUGAGUGAUCCGGGGAAGAGGGUAAUGUUGUAUGUGCAUGGAGGCGCGUACUUCUUUGGAAGUGUGGAUGAGCAUAGAUACCAGAUGCAGAGACAUGCUAGGAAACUGAAAGCUAGAGUGUUUGCUCGUGAGUAUUCGCGGUACCGAUUAGCUCCUCAAUUUCCCUUCCCCUGUGGGCUCCAUGAUUGUUUGGCUGCAUACCUAUAUCUCCUCACCGUUCAGGAUCCAACAACCAUCAUCCUGGCCGGAGACUCUGCUGGAGGGGGUAUGGUAUUAAGGUGGGCGUUGUAUGAGCAUAUUAUUGGAUUUCCAGCUAAUGUAGAUAGCAUGUUGGUGGUAAUGCGAGAUCGGGGCAUCCCGCUGCCAGCCGGAGCUGUCCUUAUAUCACCUUGGGUCGACCUGACACACUCAUUCCCUAGUGUUGCUGGCGAUAACCCAUUGGACUAUAUUCCUCCACAUGGAUUCCAUCAAAAGCCGUCGCCCUCAUGGCCUCCUCCAAAUACUGACGACAUGCUGGCGAUGGAAGAACAAAUUGUAAAGAAAUUGGUGACUAACGAGCACGUUUCUUCUCCCCAAGAAAGCGAAGCAGAUGCGGUCCAAGGGUUCCAUAUAAAUCAACACCCAGAUGCUGGCACUAAAAAUGACACAGCCGCAACUGGUACUGCUACAAAUGAUGGUACUGGACCUGCUGCAAAUACUGUUCCUGGUCCUGGUCAUGAGUUGUCAAUUAUGAUCGAUGGGAAAUUGGUCGAAAUCAAAGACCAAAUCCAGAUGUAUGCUUCGAAUCAGCUAAUGUCUCAUCCUUUAGUCUCCCCUGUUCUGCAACCAUCUCUUGGAGGGCUACCGCCCUUGCUCAUCAUGGUUGGAGGGGGCGAAAUGCUCAGAGACGAGCAAAUAUACCUAGCUCACAAAGCAGCAAACCCAGCAAAAUACCCGCCAGGUGACGCGUUCCUGGACGAGAGUCCACACGAUCAUAACAGGAAUCAGGUUAAUCGCUGGAAACCUACCGAUGUGCAAUUGCAAAUUUGGGACGAUCUCUGUCACGUGGCACCUACCCUGAGUUUCACUCGCCCUGCGAAAUAUAUGUAUCGAUCAAUUGCCCAAUUCGGCGCGUGGGCUUUGGCAAGAGCACAGGAUACUGAAAUCGAAAUCCUGGACGAUGACGAUGUUUCCAUUAUCUCUCGCUCCUCGGACGAUGAAGACGAGGUAAUCGACGAGAAGGUAAUGAGCUCCCAAAAGACCAAAAAUGCAGCGACAUCAGCGACAGGUCAAGUGGGCAAGGCUGGAGAUCCUCUCCCGCCAUUCAAAAGCCAUAUGAUCCGCCAACGAGUCGACAGGCAUGGAAACACGUCUGAGCUUGAACCUGCAUCCGAGCUGCCAGGAUGCAAAAUGGCUUCUAGUGAUAUCGGUGUCAUCAAGCAAGGUCCAGUCAAGAAAUGGAUGACAGCAAAGAUGGAAUGGGACACCAAAUUUGCGUCAUCGAAGAGGAAGAUCCAGAAGCAGAGAGCCAAGGAGAUGGCGAAAGGUUACCAAGGGUUUGGUGAUGGGGAAGUACCGCCACCUUCUGCCUUGGCUGGUAGGAGAAAGAUGGGAGAAGAUCUCAGGGAAGAGAAGAAGACACGAAGCAUGGGAAUGAGCUUGUGGGCUCUUUGGGGCAGCAAGCACGACGAGACAACCAUCGAGCGAGAACAGGAAGCUGACAGGGAGCCCGAUACUGUGGUUGCUACUGCCGCUGAUGGAGUGGGUGCAAGGCCAUUAGACGACACCAAGACAAGCCAGGGCAAGAAGCUCGAGACGGCAAAUUACAGCCGCAGUAGAUCUCGCAGGCGUAUUGUCAAAGACGAGCAUCAGGCUGACGUGGAGGACGGAGUGGAUGAAAAUACUCCUGCUUCAGUAUUGUUUGCAAAGAAAGCCGAAGCCGGCGAACCCAGCGACCCGAACCUUGUUCCGAACUUUAUAGCUAGCCCUACGAAAGACGAAGCUCCUAGCACCCCAUCGAUCAUCGUCCGGGUCCCAACGAAUGAACAAGAUGACUUCGGCCGCAAGCGCCCAAAGGCUGGUGGUAUUGCCUUCCCAUUCACCUUGAAGGGUCACCAUUCUACGGCCAGUAUGACGACGUUGACCAGCUCUGUCGGCGUUCCUCCUGCGGAUGAUGUACGAAUUCAGGGCGUGAAGGACAGUGGAGUGAAGAAUGAGGCUCCUGGAGCUGCGAUCAGAACCUCUGUUGACGGGAAUGCGAGGGGGAAGGAAAAUGAGAAUGUUAAUACCGCUUCUGUAACUUCUGAAGCAGGAGCGCAGGUGGUUGAGAAUGGAGAGGUGGUGAGUGCGGAGAGACCACCGCUUGAGACGUUCGUUUCGGCAGUUGAGAGUCUGCCCAAGGCAUAA